AGGCCGGCCGUUUAAUUUCUUUCUUCAACUCUUGUGAAUCACGGCGUUGUCACCGGUCCAGUUUCACCCCGCCCGUCUGUCCGGUGUCUGUCCCGUAGUCGCUAUGGACGCACGUCACUUUGUUAAACUACUCCAACUUGGAGUAACGGACGUCUAGCGUCUGCUUUCGCCCUCGACACAACAGAAGAGACUCGCCGGACGCCGAGUGAUGAACAGCGACCCCGAAACAACAGAGCUUACGCCUUUCAUCCGUGAACCUCUAUCCGCACACAAGACAAUGCUCUGGACGUGUUUUGUUGUUGUAUAGUUGUUUCUGUGAUGUUAUUCGUCCAAACGUGAUUAUUUUCCCCUGUAGUCAUUACGCUCUCUUUGGAAAGAGAUUUUCUGAAUGCCACAAACUUUUAAGGGUGUAAAUAUUCACCCCCUCUACGCCUUUGGGAGGAUCUACCGCUACUCGUGCUUUGAAUACAACUCCAGCCCGGGGCUCAGAAACUGGCCCACGACGAGCCAUUUGUCUUUUUAGGGGACGUAUGGGGUUUUACAAAUGACGGCUCAGCUUAAACGAAGCAGUCGGAAGCGUUAGAAGAAAUGCUCGGACUUUAAUAAAGGAGAUCGUUUAUUACAUGUGAUUGCACGCGGACGGAAUGGCGUCAUAUGUGGACAAUAGUUUUCGGCACGCGAUCAUGAAGAAUCCUGCCGACCGGACGCAACAGGAUCUGCAGAUCGUGUACUCAUACCUCCAUGGCAUGGAAGCGCUGUCCAACUUGAGGGAACAUCAGCUCAGGCUGAUGUGCGAGACCGUUCGAUAUGAACAGCAUGAAGCUAAUGAGGUUUUAUUCUAUCCUGAUGACAUUGGGACCUGCUGGUAUAUCCUCCUCUCUGGUUCAGUCUUUAUAAAGGAGUCCAUGUUUCUGCCCCGCAGCAGUUUUGGUAAACGUUCUGCGGGUAGUUUACGUCGUGGUUGUGAGUGUAUCGUCCUUGAGGCUUCAGAAAUGAUUGUGGUGGACUACAUGGAUGACAACGAUGAGUAUUUCCAAAGACAAACAUCUCAUCGGCAGUCCAGGAGAAGAUUCCGCAAGAUAAACCAGUGCGGAGAGCGACAGACAAUAAUUGAUACGGUUGAUCAUUAUCCAGUCAGCAAGCCCCCUCUGCCACCAGGAUACCACUCGGAAUGCUCAAAAUCCCAGCUUCCUGCCGACUUCUCAAAGCAUCACCCCUCUGACAGUUGCCACACCCAUACGAAUUCAAGCCAAUCACGUUCCAGCAUCGCCAGUGAUUCAGGAAGUAGCAGCCUAUCAGAUAUCUACCAGGCCACUGAAAGUGAAUGUGGGGACAUGGACCUGAGCGGGCUUCCUGAAACGGCAGUGGACUCGGACGAGGAUGAUGAUGAUGAGGAUGUAGGGAGGGGAACGGACCCUCUUAUGAGUCGAGAUAUUGUGAGAGACUGUCUGGAGAAAGACCCUAUGGACCGUACAGAUGAUGACAUCGAGCAGUUGCUGGAGUUUGUGCAGCAGCUUCCGGCAUUUGCCAGUCUGAGUGUUUCGGUGCGGAGGGAGCUGUGUGCCGUCAUGGUGUUUGCGGUUGUGGAACGGGCCGGAACCAUCGUGCUCAACAACGGUGAAGAGCUGGACUCAUGGUCAGUCAUUUUGAAUGGAGCAGUAGAGGUGAUCUAUCCAGAUGGCAGCAGUGUGAGUGUGUGUAUGGGUGGAAGUUUUGGUGUCUCCCCUUCAAUGGAAAAACAGCUGAUGACUGGAGUCAUGAGGACCAAAGUAGACGACUGUCAGUUUGUGUGUAUUGCCCAGCAGGACUACUGCUGCAUUCUGAAUCAGGUUGAGCAGAACACACAGCGAGUGGAGGAGGAAGGAGAAAUCGUCAUGGUCAAAGAACACAGAGAACUUGACCGGACGGGCACCCGCAAGGGACACAUUGUUGUUAAGGGCACUGCUGAAAGGCUGAUGCAGCACUUAGUGGAGGAUCAUUCAGUUGUCGACCCUACAUAUAUUGAGGACUUCCUGUUGACCUAUCGUACCUUCCUGCCCAGUCCUCUGAUUUUGGGACAGAGACUUUUGGACUGGUUUAAUGAACCCAGUUUACGGGACAAGGUAACCCGAGUUGUCUUGUUAUGGGUUAACAAUCACUUCAGUGACUUUGAAGGAGACCCUGAUAUGACCAGUUUUUUGGAGGAAUUUCAGAGCGAUCUGGAAAGAGAGAAAAUGACAGGUCAGUUGCGGUUGCUCAACAUAGCUUGUGCGGCUAAAGCCAAACCCAGAGUGAUUACUAUAAAUAGGCCUGCUCGAGAGAUGCCCCUCCCCUUCACACUGAUUGGAGGAGCUGAACGAGGAACACGCCUCUUUAUCAGCAGCGUGGAAGUUGGUAGCAAAGCAGAGGAAGCUGGGCUUAAACGUGGAGACCAGAUAUUGGAGGUGAACGGGCAGACGUUUGAGAAUGUGCAGCUGUCCAAAGCAACUGAAAUUCUCAAGAACAAUACACAGCUCUGUAUGAGUGUCAAAACCAACCUCCUGGUCUUCAAGGAGCUGGUUGCCAGGUUGGCAGAGGAAAGGAAAAACGGCGUUCCUCAUCUUCCGAAGAUUGGUGACGGAAAGAAAAAUAGCCGUUAUUCUGUACCUGAACUUGGGGCUGGUUCUGACUUAAUAGGUCAAGAAAAGGUCAGCAAGAAGGUCAAAGCACAUACUGUGGGCGGCCGAAAUAAACUCAUGAAGAUUCUAGACAAGACACGCAUGAGCAUCCUACCUCAGAAACCUUACAGUGACCUCGGGUUAGGGCAGACUCAGGAUGACAGUAUUGUGGGAUUAAGACAGAACAAACAGACUCAGCCAACAAUGGCAGUCAGUGGAAAUCUCUCAUCCAGUAACCCUGACCUGGCCCAAGGCCAACAGCGCAUUAUUGACUACAGUACACAGCCACCAGCACCUGGAUUCACUCAAUUGCAAGACCAGGUGCUGCGUGUUUUCAAAGCAGACCAACAAAGUCGUUACUUACUGAUUAACAGAGACACCACAGCAAGAGAGGCAGCCAAUCAGGCGAUGCGAGAGUUCGGCUUGACGGCAAGUCCUGAAGCCUAUUCGCUCUGUGAGGUUUCCGUCACACAGGAGGGAGUUAUCAAACAGAGACGAUUACCCGAUCAACUCUCUAAACUGGCUGACAGGAUACAGCUAAGUGCCAGGUACUACCUGAAGAGCAACAUGGAGACAGAGACGCUGUGCUCGGAUGUGGAAGCACAGGAGAUGCAGCGAGAGUCUGUGGUCCCUUUGUUGUCCUUGAGCUCCAUGGAGAUAGCCAAUCAGCUGUCAGCACGAAACUAUCUGCUCUUCUCCAGCAUUGAACCGACGGAUUACAUCAGUGACCUUUUCAAGCUUCACCCACAAGAGCCUCCUAGCAAUCUGCGCAACUUUGAGGCUCUUGUAAACCAGGAGACCUUCUGGGUCGCCACAGAGAUUGUACAAGAAACCAACCUGGCCAAGAGAGUGAAGAUCAUCAAGCACUUUAUAAAGAUUGCCCUUCACUGCCGUGACUGCAAGAACUUCAACUCCAUGUUUGCCAUAAUCAGUGGGUUCAAUCUAGCACCCGUCGCUCGGUUGAGAUCUACAUGGGAACGUUUGCCUGGAAAAUAUGAGAAGCUUCUGGCAGAAUUACAGGACGUUUUUGACCCUUCUCGAAAUAUGGCCAAAUACCGCAACCUCCUCAACAAACACAACCUGCAGCCACCAGUCAUCCCUCUGUUUCCCGUCAUUAAGAAAGACCUCACCUUCCUCCAUGAGGGCAACAACUCCAAGGUGGACGGCCUGGUGAAUUUUGAGAAGUUGAGGAUGAUUGCGCGAGAGAUCAGACACGUGGUUCGAAUGGCUUCAAUCACCAUGGACCCUGCGUUGCUUUUUAAGACUAGGAAGAAAAAGUGGAGAAGUCUUGGGUCUCUAAGUCAGGUGAGCAGCUCUUCUCUCUCUGACAUUGGAACGAUGGGUGGGAAGAGGAAGGGGAGGCGGAGCUCUUUUCUCAGCGCUAAGAAACUCUAUGAGGUGGAGAUGAUGAGCAGACGCGUGCGGCAGUACCUGGACGCGCAAACACACGAGAGCGAUGAGGAGAAGCUCCAUGAACUAUCUUUGCAGUGUGAGCCUGCCCACAGCUCCAGUCUGAAGAACUCAGGUGAGAGAAGACGAGUGGAUGCAUCUCCUGUCAGUCAAAGAAGCACCACUCCACAGCAGACUAAUGGAAAUCAUGGUCGCAAGACAUCACUUGGCAAAGAGUUACCACCAUUUGGUGCCCAGUCUCCUCAGUCUCUUCAUAAGAUUUUGUCUCUGUCAGAAGAGGGCAGAGACAGACAACGAAAGCUGCCUGAGGACAGCCAGUCGAAUGCUUCAUCUCUACUCUCCUCUCCGCGUACCUCACCGCACAGCACACCUAGAAAAGCCCCACAGUUAGUGGUGAAAGCAUCAGAUCAGCUGAGUUUGUUAAGCUCCUCCUCCUCUGAUCUCAUCAGUGUUGGUGACCACACGCAUGCUCAAGCCCGUACGAUUACACACCCACUCAGCACACGUAGGGCUGAACCUGACCAAAUGAGCUUGGGAUCCUACUCCUUGACUCAGGAUCAGUGUGACCGUGCGUCAUUGGACGCAGCAGACAGUGGCCGUGGCAGCUGGACGUCCUGCUCCAGUGGUUCCCAUGAUAACAUCCAGAGUAUUCCACAGCGUGUGGGUUAUUAUGACAGCCGCAGCUGGGAGACGCUGGCAGAAGGGAUGGGACGAAGUCACGUGUCCACACCUACCGGUUACUGGGGCGAUGAAUUGGAAGGAGAAACAGGAACGAUAAAACGUAGAGGUGGAAAAGACGAAACUCCAAACUUAAACAAGAAUACUGCGAGUCGGAGGGAGGGACGCUUUAGAGAUCCUCCACCCACACCGCCUGGUUAUACUGCUCUGUCAUUGGCUGAGGCCGACAGCCACAGUCACGCCCAUGGGCGACGCCCACCAGACUACACAGCGGCUCUGCAGAGGUCUCGAUUACUUAAAAGGUCAUGUGAUCCUCCUUCACUUCACCCAUCCAGUAGAUUGCCAGUAUACAACCACUGCCAGUCACCACGACGUCCACAACCGGAUGAAAAUGAGCAGAUAUCUGCAGUUUAAUCCGAGACUCUUCGUAUGUCUUUCCCAAAGUUGGACAACAUUCAUGUGACAGUUGAUACGGAAUCGUGGCCAUGUCCUGAGCUACAGCAAAUCAUUUCAAACUAUCAUGGAGAUCACUGUGAAAGAGGACAGGAGCAGAUAAAAUGUUGGCACUUUUAACAUAAGUUCUGCAAAACAAAGACAAAAAGGACGUCAUACGUUCUCAUUUUAAUCCUAGCAUGAUGAGAGGGGUUGCACACGCUGCAAGAUCAGUGUUACAAGACCAUAGAAACAGUAUUAUUUCAUUAGAAGUUUUAAUAUGCAGUGUUACUUUAGUAUGUCACGUGUUAAAGACACUGUAUGUGUGUGUUGUGCUUGUGAGAGGGAGCGUUGAAAUCAAUCAAAGAUGGAGAGGUCGUUCUCUUCGGACACUUGAAGACAGAAAGAAAAGACUGAGCAGCUGCCUCUCACGAACCUCAGUAGUCUCAGACAUCUUCUCUGUGCUGUUAUCAGUGUUUUUGUGUUACUCAUGAGUAUAUGACCAUUUUAACAUGCCUUUCUCAUCUGAUCAUGUUCCCAAAAAAACUUUCCAGAUGUUUCUGUUUCAAAAGAUUUUUAUGUUUUGUAUUUUUAUUUAAUUUUAUCUGUCAGUACCAUUGUUUCCGACUAUCCUAGUUAAUGGCACAAAUCAUGAAUUGUUGCACAGAUUUUCAGAAACAAGAGACUGUGGUCAAGAACAUAUAAAUUAUAGUUGUUACAUAGAUGAUAGGUGGUCAUAAUAUGAUCAGUAGAUGGCUACAACAGUAUAUUUUCUUAGAAUGUCAUGAGUUUGUGAUAGUUCAAUUGUAUCGCCUGUGUUUCUACCCAGCCAAAUCUGUAAGAAUGACAUGUAUUUCUACGUCUUUUACAAAGACAACUGGCAAAGUCUAUAACUACUUUUGUAUUUUUAAUACAACUAUUGUAAAUAAUGGUUAUAUUUUGUUAAAAAUUUCUGAGACUUGUUCUGUUUAUUGGACAGUUCAGCUACAAAUGACUUGAGGGAAAAUAAACACUGUAGCAAUGAAA